UGUUUUGUUUUGUUGAUAUUUUAAUUUUAAUGCAGUGAUUUCACUAUAUUUGUGUCUAUAAAAUCUUCCCUGAGUUGUGGUUAAAUGUAAAUUUAAUGUCAAUUACUUACUGUGUAAUUGUUCUCUGGAAAUAUUGAAGCAAUAAGAUUGCGGGCGAAGUGAUAUCUCAAGGAAAUUAACUUACAAUGGCAUAAUCUUACUAGCCUAUAAUACCGCUGUGUCCCAGAUGAUGUAAAAAAGACACAUCUAGCUUCGGAGGAUAUUCAGCAAAUGCAGCAAUACACUUUCCCAGACAUAAGGAUAAGAAACUUCAAUUUGGGGCAUCUCAUUUAAUACAAGCUAAAAAUUGCUUAAGUAUAUCAUCAUAUAUCUCAUAUCAAUAAAAUGUUUUGAGGAAGAGAUUUUUCAAAGAUAAAUUAUAUACAGGACUGGAAGUAGACUGGACCAGGUUAUGAAGGACCGACAUGGACACUGGAUUGUUGUCUGCAUAUUUAACAGCUGAUAUUGGACUAUUGUAGUGACGGAGUAGAGUGUUGAAGAUAUAAUAGGAUUCAUAAUUGAGUUUUUCAUUCAAAAUUUAUGUGCUGUCCCUGGAUUUUAUGUCCUUAUAUAACUAGCUUCAUUUAUAAGCUUCACAUAGUCAAAAAGUGCAGAAGUAAAAAUGUCUAAAAUCACUGAAAAUCUUCCUCUUAAGUGUCCAAUAUGUAGAAAAAUGUUUUCUACAAAAAGGAAAAUGAAGAAUCAUAUAUAUGUACAUACAGGUGAGCAUCCCUUUAAAUGUUUGACGUGUGAGAAAACAUUUAUUCAAUUAAAUCAAAUAAAGUCUCAUUCAGUGUUACAUUCUGAUAAGCGUUCUAAUAAGUGCACUAUAUGUGGAAAAUCCUUCACAACCAAUAACUAUAUGAAGAUUCAUACAUUGGUUCACAAUAGGGAGCGACCUCAUAAAUGUACUACAUGCGGAAAAUCCUUCACAGCUAGUAGCACUAUGAAGAGUCAUACAUUGGUUCACACUAGAGAGCGACCUCAUAAGUGUACUAUAUGCGGAAAAUCCUUUAUACGCCAAGGCCAUAUGAAGACACAUGCAUUAGUUCAUUCAGGAGAACGGCCUCAUAAGUGCACUAUAUGUGGAAAAUCCUUCACAGCUAGUAGCACUAUGAAGAAUCAUACAUUGGUUCACACUGGAGAGCGACCUCAUAAAUGUACUAUAUGCGGAAAAUCCUUUAUACGCCAAGGCCAUAUGAAGACACAUGCAUUAGUUCAUUCAGGAGAACGGCCUCAUAAGUGCACUAAAUGUGGAAAAUCUUUCACAGCUAGUAGCAGUAUGAAGAGACACACAUUGCUUCACACUAGAGAGCGACCAUUUAAGUGCACUAAAUGUGGAAAAUCCUUCACAACAACUGGCCAUAUGAAGACACAUGCAUUAAUUCAUUCAGGAGAAUGGCCUCAUAAGUGUACUAUAUGCGGAAAAUCCUUCACAACAAGUGGUUAUAUGAAGACACAUGCAUUAGUUCAUUCAGGAGAACGGCCUCAUAAGUGCACUAUUUGCGGAAAAUCCUUCACAAUCAAAAGCAGUAUGAAGAGACACACAUUGGUUCACACUGGAGAGCGCAUUGUGCACUAAAUGUGGAAAAUCCUUCGCAACCAAUAGCAGUAUGAAGAGACACACAUUGGUUCAUACUAGAGAGCGACCAUUUAAGUGCACUAAAUGUGGAAAAACCUU